CUGUGUGAAGCAGCCUCGCCUCGGUCACCACCGGCCAUCACCACCGCCAUCACCACUCCCACCACUACCACUCCCACUACACACCCCCGGCCCCAGCAAACCGCCAAACUGUCACCCAUACUCCUCAACCGCACUGCCCGCCUGAGCUUCGCUCGCGACACGAGGCCCCGCCAUCUGUCCACCAGCCCCAACAUGUCGCUCGACGCAAAGGAGGCAAGGCGGCGCCGUAGCAGUAGUCUUGUCUACAAGGAGCCCCCCGAGUCGCUCGAGCAGCUGAGCGACCAGUCCGCCCUGCCCAACCUGAACGCCGAGUGGGUCAACUCAAAGGGCGCAUGGGCUAUCCACUUCAUCCUCAUCUUCUUCGGCAAGAUCCUGUUCGACAUCAUCCCCGGCAUGUCGCAAGAGACGUCCUGGACCCUGAUCAACCUCUCGUACACGGCUGCAUCCUACCUCAUGUUCCACUACGUGCGCGGUGUGCCCUUUGACUUCAACGCCGGCGCCUACGACAACCUCAACAUGUGGGAGCAGAUCGACAACGGGGACCAGUACACGCCCGCCAAGAAGUUUCUGCUCUUUGUCCCCAUAGCCCUGUUCUUGGUUAGCACCCAUUAUACGCGCUACGACUUGACAUAUUUCAUCGUCAACUGCAUGGCCACCAUAGCUGUAGUCAUUCCCAAGCUGCCUUCGCUGCACAGACUACGGAUAUCCUUUUUCAACUCGCCGCCAGAUGACUUAUAGUCGGGCAUUUUAUUUUUGGUUGGAUCGGGGUGUAAUUCUACGUGUAUUUCUAAUCAUACCAGGUACAGACUGCGUGCGGUGCAUUUGCCGAGCGGGACGGGGGCGUUGGGGGGGGGUCACUUUGUCUUUUAUGGGAAAAAGGCAGACAUUUUAUCGAAACAAAAGACAGCUUAGAAACUACUACUCCGCAAUAACAUGCGGACCUUUUAUUAAUUACAAAUGCGCGGUACGCUUUGAUAUACACUUGUACUGGACUACUCACGCUUUGGACUGAUUGUUUGGUUUUCAGAAAUAAAAUACUUUUUCCUUGCUGGUCUUGUAUGGCGGCUGUUUACGCCGGUG